GGGGGCUGCAGCGAGGCGGAGGAGACGAAGAGGUGCCACCGCGGGACCCCAGGGAGGAGUCAGGGAGCGAUCCUGCCCCGCAGCGGCCCCCAGGUGCGGUGACCGGGCGGGGCCGGGGCCGCCAUGGGGGUCCUGCCCCUCCCCCUCCUGCUGCUGGCCGCGGGGACCCAGGCGUCCGGGCUGCAGCUCGGUGGGCACCUCGACCUGGGUGCCGCUUCGCCCUGGGCAUGGAGGACGGCUCCAUCCCCGACAGCCGCCUCUCGGCCUCCAGCGCCUGGUCCGACUCCACCGCCGCCCGCCACGGCCGGACAUCCCCGUGUCCCCAGGCUGGGUCGCAGCGAUGGGGACGGCGCCUGGUGUCCCGCGGGUCCCGUUUUCCCGGAGGAAGAGGAGUUCCUGGAGGUGGACCUGGGCCGGCUGCACGUGGUGACACUCGUGGGGACACAGGGACGUCACGCCGGUGGCCACGGCAGGGAGUUUGCCCGCGCCUACCGGCUGCGCUACAGCCGUGACCGGCACCGCUGGCUGCGCUGGCGCGACCGAUGGGGCACUGAGGUGAUCGGGGGUAACGAGGACCCCGAGGGGGUGGUGCUGAAGGACCUGGCGCCGCCCCCCGUGGCUCGGGCGCUGCGCGUCUACCCCCGGGCCCCCCGCGCCAUGAGCGUCUGCCUGCGCCUGGAGCUCUACGGCUGCCCAUGGGACGCCGGGCUCCUGUCCUACACGGCGCCGCGGGGACAGGUGAUGACCCUCGACCCGGCGCCUGUUGUCCUCAACGACUCUACCUACGAUGGCUACAGCGCUGGCCCGUUGCAAUUUGGGGGGCUGGGUCAGCUAACGGACGGGGUGCUGGGGUUGGAUGACUUCGUGAGGACCCGCGAGCGACGCCUUUGGCCGGGCUAUGACUACGUGGGAUGGCGUCGGCCCCCCGGCCCCCAACCCCACGUGGAGCUGGAGUUCGAAUUCGAGGGUCUCCGGGCUUUCCGUGCCAUGCAGGUUCAUUGCAACAACAUGCACACGCGGGGGGUGAGCAUCUUCGGGGAGGUGGAGUGCCGCUUCAAGAGGAGCCUGGCCACGGCCUGGGAGCCCACCCCGGCCACCCACAGCCUGGCUGGGGGGGUCAAGGACCCCAGCGCCCGUUCGGUCACCGUGCCUCUGGGUGGGCGCCAGGCCCGCUUCAUCCAGUGUCACUUCUUCUUCGCCGGGGAGUGGAUGCUCUUCAGCGAGAUCACCUUCCUCUCAGAUGUGGUGGAGGAGGCGGUGGGUGCCAGUGGGUGGCCCCCAGCCGCGCCCCCCGACUCCUCAGCGGGGGCCAUGGCUGUCCCUGAGGACCCCUGGCACAUGGACAUGGCUACCAACCUCAGUACCCCAACCCCUGGGGAGCCCAAGCCGGAGCAACCCAUCGCCAAAGCUGACCACAGCCACACGUCCAUCCUGAUUGGCUGCCUGGUGGCCAUCAUCCUGCUCCUAUUGGGUGUCAUCUUCCUCAUCCUCUGGCGGCAGUACUGGAAGAAGAUACUGGGGAAGGCCCAGCGCCGGCCGUCAGAGGACGAGCUGCGGGUGCAGCUCUCGGUGCCGGGUGACACCAUCGUCAUCAACAACGCGACGGGGGCGGCGCGGGGACCCCCCCGCUACGAGCGCAUCCCCCCGGGCCAGGGCGAGUACCAGGAGCCGACGCGGCCGCGGCCAUCGCUGCCCCCGGCCCCCCCCGGACCUGCAGCACCCCUUGCCAACCCGGCCUAUCGGCUCCUGCUGGCCACCUAUGCCCAGCCAAUGGGAGGGCUCGCUCGGGCCCCACCCGAUGGGGCUAAGCCAACCAAUACAGAUGGUAUGGCAGAGCCCGAGGGCGGGGCGGGGGCCUAUGCAGAGGCUGACGUCACUGGUGGCUCCGCCUAUGCCAUGGCUGGACCCGCCCCUGGACCCGCCCCCAGCCCCGCCCUCCCCGCCUUCCCCCGCCGGCGCCUCCGCUUCCGCGAGAAGCUGGGGGAGGGGCAGUUUGGAGAGGUGCUGCUGUGCGAGGUGGAGGACCCCCAGGCGCUGCCCCCCCUCUCCCGCCCCCCCGACCUGCCCCAGGGGCGCCCCAUGCUCGUCGCCGUCAAGGUCCUGCGCCCCGAUGCCACCAAGAAUGCCCGGCGGGACUUCCUGCAGGAGGCGCGGACCCUGGGGCGCCUGCGGGACCCCAACAUCGUGCGGCUGCUGGGGGUGUGCGCGGGGGCCGGCCCCCUCUGCAUCAUCACCGAGUACAUGGAGCACGGCGACCUCCACCAGUUCCUGGGGGGGCCCCGCGGCCCCGCCCUCAGCCUGGCCACCCUGCUGCACGUGGGGGCUCAGAUCGCCUCGGGGAUGCGGUUCCUGGCGGGUUUGAACUUCGUCCACCGCGAUUUGGCCACCCGCAACUGCCUGGUGGGGGAGGGCUUCACCGUCAAGGUGGCCGACUUCGGCAUGAGCCGCCACCUCUACGCCGCCGACUACUACCGCGUCCGCGGCCGCGCCCUCCUCCCCAUCCGCUGGAUGGCCUGGGAGUGCAUCCUCAUGGGGACGUUCACGCCGGCCAGCGACGCCUGGGCUUUCGGGGUGACGCUGUGGGAGGUGCUGACGCGGUGCCGGGAGCAGCCCUACGGGCGCCUGAGCGACGAGCAGGUCAUCGCCAACGCCGGGCACCACUUCCGCGCCCAGGGCCGCCAGGAGUACCUGCCGUGCCCCCCGGGCUGCCCUGCGGCGCUGCACGGGGUGAUGCUGCGCUGCUGGUCCCGCGACGCCGCCGACCGCCCGUCCUUCGGCCUCCUGCACCGCCUGCUGCGCGACCACACCGUCCUCGCCUGAGCCGCCGCCUCCUCCUCCUCACCGUCCUCUUCCUCACCACCAGCGUCCUUCAUCCCUCCUGCAGCCUCCUUCUUCGCCCUGCUCCCCCUCACUGGCGUCAUCCUUCGUCCCUCCUCAUCCUCAUCCUUCAUCUCUCGUUCAUCUUCUUUCUGCUUUAUCAUCCUCUUCCUCCUUCCUCCUCUUCCUCCCUCCUCCUCUUCCUCCCUCCUCCAUCCUCAUCCUCCUCCACCUACCUCCUCCUUCCUCCUCCUUCUCAUGCUUCAUCCCCCUUAUAACCUUCCUCCUCUUCCUCCCUCCUUCAGCCUUCAUCGUCCUCCUUCUUCUCUUACACAUUUCUCCUUCAUCCUCCUCCUCCUCCCCCUCCUUCAUCUUCCCUUCAUCAUCCUCCUCCUCCUCUUCCCCUUCAGUCUCCUGCUUCCCUUCAGUCUCCUCCUUCGUCUUCCUCCUCCUCCUCCUGCCUCCUUCCUCCUUCCUCCUCCUGCCCCCUUCUUCUUCCUCCUCCUGUCUCCUUCCUCCUCCUCCUCCUGCCCCCUUCCCCCUCCUCCUCCUCCUCCUCCUCCUGCCCCCUCCUUCCUCCUCCUCCUGCCCCCUUCCUCCUCCUCCUCCUGCCCCCUUCCUCCUCCUCCUCCUGCCCCCUUCCUCCUCCUCCUCCUCCUCCUGCCCCCUUCCUCCUCCUCCUCCUCCUCCUCCUCCUGCCCCCUCCUUCCUCCUCCUCCCCCUCCAUCUUCCUCCUCACCCAACACUGGAAUCACCCAACAC